GUAAGAGAGCGCGAGCGAAAGCAGCAGCAGUAGCAGCAGAGGCUCCACGGAGGCGACACAUGUCAGCCUGGCUUGGGCUGAGGAAUGUACCGAAUUCCACGACACGCGCGCCCGGGCUGUCCCGCGCUCUGCUGCUCGCGGCUGUAACGGCUCUGCGCUAACGUGGGGUGCGGGGGGUGGGGGGGUGGGGUUGGGGGGGUAGGACAAGACGAGACUCCCGUUACGGAGCUAUAGGAAGUGGACUCGCACUGGACGGACUGUACCAGUAACACGACCCCGAGUCACCCCGGAUUGAUCUGUUGAGUUCGGACGCCUCGCAGAUCUAGGGCAGACCUCGCAAAGUUUUCUCGAUGGCGCUCGUGAUGGAGCCGGUGAGCAAAUGGAGCACGAGUCAGGUGGUGGAUUGGAUGAAAGGUCUGGACGACUGCCUGCAGCAGUACGUGUGUGUGUUUGAGCGCGGCGGCGUGUGCGGCGAGCGCCUGCUGAGGAUCAGCCACGGGGAGCUGGAGGAGCUGGGCGUGUCGCGCAUCGGGCACCAGGAGCUCAUCCUGGAGGCCGUGGACCUGCUCUGUGCCCUGAACUCGGGUCUGGAGACAGAGAGCGUGAGGACUCUGGCCCACAAGCUUGGCGCCUCGGCCAAGAACCUCCAGAACUUCAUCUCCGGCCGCCGCCGCAGCAGCCAAUCAGAGAGCAGGACCUCCCGUCGCCUUCCGAAUGACCUUUUGACCUCUGUGGUUGACCUUAUCACAGCUGCCAAGAGCCUGCUGGCCUGGCUGGACAGGUCCCCGUUUGCGGCGGUCGCUGAUUACUCUGCAACCAGGAACAACGUCAUCCAGCUCUGCCUAGAGCUUACCACCAUCGUACAGCAGGACUGUACGGUGUUCGAGUCGGAGAACAAAAUCCUGCACGUGUGUAAGACCCUGUCGGAGGUGUGUGAACACAUAGUGUGUGUGUCCUCGGACCCCCUGGUGUCCCAGUCGGCCCACCUGGAACUGGUCCACCUGACCAACAUCAAGCCCGCUGAGGGGCUGGGAAUGUACAUCAAGUCAACCUACGAUGGCCUACAUGUGAUCACAGGGACCACAGAAGGGUCCUCGGCUGACCGCUGUAAGAAGAUCCAUGCAGGAGAUGAGGUCAUCCAAGUCAACCACCAGACUGUGGUGGGCUGGCAGCUGCGUAACCUGGUGGGCUCCCUGCGGGCCGACAAGGGGGCCGUGUCUCUCACGCUGAAGAAACGCCCCCAGAGCACCCUCAGCUCUGCCCCCGCGCUGCUCAAGAACAUGCGCUGGAAACCCCUGGCCCUGCAGCCAACCAGGAGCCCCGGCAGCAGUUCGGCCACGCCCUCGGGCACGCCCACCAAGAGCUCUGCCCUCCAGGAACUCUACAUCCCGCCUCCUCCAGCCGAGCCAUACACACCGAGAGACGAAACGGGUACCGUCUCUGGAGACGAUGUUCCUCGUAGCCAUGAAAGCAUUGUGGUUGCUAAGCGACCAGAGUCACCAAACUCCUUCCUGGACCAAGAGUCCGGCCGACGGGAAGAGGAGGAGCCUGUGUACUGCACUACGCCCACUUACGGUAGACUGAGACCUAUCUCUAUGCCUGUAGAGUGUAACUGGACUGGUGAUUACGAGGACCCAGCCAAGCUCAACAGAGACAACCAGAGAGAGGCGUCACUGCUGCGCUACGUGGGAUUCGCCGGUAGGGAGGUGAGGACAGGCUCUGAGGACUACUCAUCCCACACGGCCCGCGUGGGCAAACGGUCCAAUGACACGGCCAAGAGGGCAAAGAGGCGGAGCCACCACAGCCAAAGUCCCUCCCACUACGUCCUCCAGCCCAAUCAGAGGGACUCUCCACCAAGAGAGCCCGCCCCCAUUUAUCACACCUACCAGCAGACCUCGUUGCAGGCGAAAAGCAGGAAAAAGAACAAAGGCCGGGGCCUGACCUCUCUGAGCCGGCGCCGGGUGUCCUGCAAGGCGCUGGGCCGGGGCGACUGCGAGGGGUGGCUGUGGAGGAAGAGGGACGCCAAGGGCUACUUCUCCCAGAAGUGGAAGAAGUACUGGUUCGUCCUGAAGGACACCUGCCUGUACUGGUACAUCAAUGAGGAGGACGAGAAGGCAGAGGGCUUCGUCAGCUUGCCCGAGUUUAAGAUUGAUCGUGCGAGCGAGUGUCGCAAGAAAUAUGCUUUCAAAGCCUGCCACCCCAAGGUCAAGAGUUUCUACUUUGCAGCGGAUGGAGUGGACGAUAUGAACAGGUGGUUAAGUCGUCUCAACAUGGCCGCCGUGGGCUACGCUGAGCGAGAGAGGAUACGUCAGGAGCAGGAUUACUGGAGUGAGAGUGACCAUGAGGAGGAUGUGUCGUCCAGUCCUAAACAAGACAGCCCCCCCCCUCCCUAUGACACCUACCCACGCCCCCCUCCAAUGACUGCGUACCUGGAAGGCAGAACGACUCGCCUGUCGUCUACGGAGACAUCGCGCUCACGAUCCUCCCAGGAGGACUUCCUGUGCACUGACCCCACCCUGGUGGGGAACAGAGGGGGAGAGCCGCAGUACCACCCCGGCCCUCUGGGGGGAGCUACCACGCACAGUGGCAGGGGACCAGGGGGCAGCAGCAGCAGCGACGUGCCCUUCCGCUCUGACCCGGUGGACUACCGCUCCAGUCCAGCGGGGGGCAGCAGUGAGACGGGCUCCCCGGGCCGCUCCUCGUCCUCCCAGAGGAGGUCCUGGCAGGACCUGAUCGAGACCCCGCUGACAGAGGCAGGGCUCCACUACCUGCAGACCGGACCCCUGGAGGACGCCGUGUUUGCCGAGCCGUCGCCGCCCUCCAUGGCGCUGGGGGGCGGGGUUUACACGCUCCCGGCGCAGAAGAACAUCCCGUCGCCCAUGACGAUGCAGAGGACGGUUCCCGCGACGACCCACGGCGGGAAACCCCGCAGCUUCACCCUGCCGCGAGACGGCAGCCUCCACAUGCUGCUGACCCCAGCCGCCCAGGAGGACCUCGGCGGACACACAGGCGGAGGAGGGGAGGGCGCGUCCCUGGGCGACCUGUUCCGUGCGUGCGAGCAGGGGGGCGUGUGCCCUCUGGGGCGGGGGUCAGAGGUCAGGGGUCAGUCGGAGUUCAGGCAGUCGUUUCUGCGCCGCGCCGCCGACCCCCAGCUCAACGACCAGCUACACCGCCUCCGCAUCCUGACCUCCACGCUAAAGGACAGGGAAGGGGAGCUAGCACUGAUUGACAGGCUGUUUGCCAAUCCGACGCUGUCGUCCAUCGAGUUCCAGGAAUGGAAGAGAGCCUAUCAGGAGCUGUUCUCUAAGGAGCCGCCUCCGCUGGCGUCACCGCCCGACGACCAAUCAGAGCAAGCCCCGCCCCUGACCCCGUCGCUCUCACACACGCACUCCUACAUCGAGACUCACGUCUGACGGACGAACGUGCGGAGACACACAAAACACACGCACACACGUACGAACUCCCCACCUGGCUGUCUUUUUGCGACACACACACACACACACACACACACUUUGCUUUCACUCCAUCGUGUUUGGACGUCGUGAGCAGGAAGCACUCGGGCCGGUUGCCAUGGCGAGGACAGGAUGGGGCGAUGAGGGACGGCUUUAGAGGACUCGCAGGGGAAGGCGCACUCAUCUGUCACCUGACUGCUUUUCUCUCAAGGAGAGGGGGGGGUGGGGGGGGUGGGGGGGGGGGACUGUCGAGUGACUCACCUCCCAGCUUCACUGCCUCGCGUCACGUCUGUGUAUACAAGCCGUCACUCCCCCCCAACGUUGCGCUGGGGGUGGGGAGGGGGGAGGGGGGAGGGGGGAGGGGGGAGGGGGGGGUGGGUGAGUUUUCAAUGUAGAAGGACCCUUAAGUGCCACGCCGGCCAGCCUUUCCACACACCCCUUCUCCUCCGCACUUCCCGCUGUGACGCGUCGUCUUGGAAACGACCCACGACAGAGCGCCGGCCUCUGACGGAUCUCGAGUUCCGACUGGCUCUCCCGUCCCUCGCGGACGUCAUAAGCAGUCCGCAGCGUUUCUUUGCAUCCAGUAGGAUCCCAGUGCGUCGUCGCUCUCCGAGCUGUCCAUUGGUGAUAUUGUCCACGGUGUUUUAACCCCUAGCUUGUUGUGCCGUAUCCAUGGUUACUGUACAGUGUGACAUAUAUAAUAUUCCUUGUAGGACUCGCUCACUCAGGAGUCAAGCACUAAACUAGUCAUUGUCCAAAGCCUUGUGAAUUAAUAUUAUUAUACCCGGUUUACAGCGAAAGUACACUGUAUAGGUGUAUAGAGGAGAGCAAGCACAAGUCUUUUCUAAGUGAUACAUUAGGGUCCGUUUCUAACUUUUGUAGAGCGCUCUGUGGGUGCUGGUCUGGUAGGAUGACGCUCUGUGCUGGGCUGGUCCUGAAGCAUGCACUUCGUAACGCUCUACCCACCAUGACACGUUUGGACAAAUGGCCGUUUCUCUAUCUAUGAGUGUAUACUGCAUGAAACGAGAUGAUAUUAUAUUUGCAUAGAAAUUAAAUAUCUGCCGCUGAAGAGAAUUGUAAUAACUGAAUUAUUUAUUCGAAUUGCUGUUCCUCAAAUAAUACUUUGUGCUUCGACGACACAACAGUAUGGGGAUAAUAUAGUACAUGUAUGUAAAUAACUAUGUGUACUUGUGUGUACACAUCUAUGGCUUACCUUUCCCCAUAUGCACGCACACACACAUACACACAGCCCAUGCCCCUCCUACACAUGCACACUCACACGCAUACAUAGACACACAAGCACACACACACAUAUCCCCCCUUACAAACUCACGCACUCACACACACACGCACACACACGCACACACACACACACACAAACACACACAAAAAUAUACACGUUAACACAUACAUACACAAAAACAUAUAUGCAUGAAUGCAUAUGCUGGCACAUGAACCAACAUGAACAAUCAAAAAACACACACACACACACACGCACACACACAAUAUGCUCCUCUUUAUACAGACGUAGAUCCAAACACACUAUGAAAUGGAUCCUCAUUCCAUAUGCUGCUGCUCGUGGUUGGCUGUGGUCGCAUGUGUUUCCUGUAGUUCAGUACUGCCUUUCUAAUCCUGUGUUCUUGAAUAUCUCCAAACAUUAGCCCUCUCUUUAACAGCGCAACCUUAGUGUCAUGGGUAUGUUUGGUUUUUUGAUUCUGUUGUGUUUAGUUAAUGAUGAGAAUUUGUUUUGGAGCAAAGUCUGUUUGUUCCUUCGACGGUUAAAGUAGUGUAAAGUAGGUUGUGUCAUUACUUUUCUGUUUGUGUUCUGUUGGGAUAGUUUCAACCAAUAAAGUUUUUUUUCCAUUCGGAUGACAAGA